ACUACAAAUGCGAUCGAUGCAAAACCCCGUUCAUCUCCCCUUUCACCCUAGCUACCCAUCAACUCUACUCAUGUCCCGCAACUUGCAAAAUCAUGCUACGAAACCCGCCCGAAAGUACUACGACUUACUGCGAAAAUGACCCGGGAUCUUCGGAUGACGAAGGCAAGCUGAAAAUCGUUGAGAGUGCUUUUGAGAGUAAAACGAGCAGGUUUUUGAAUAGAAAGAAUUCAAAGAGUAAAAAAGUGAUCGAAAGAGCACCAAAUGCAAAUAAGAUCGAGGCUUUGAAGAGAGCUUUGAAGCAAAAAAAUAUCGAAAGUAUUUGCAAGAACAAAAAAAUUGAAAAUAAAAACAGGGAUAGCGAGAUAAGCACUGUUAGUUUUAGUAAGGACAACGGAAGUAGUCGUAAAGUUAACCAACGCGUAAAAGAUUUAAAGUUUUUAAACGCAACUUUAAAUUUUGGCACAAGCAAUGAAAACGGUGUUUCUACAAACGAAGUACUAAAAACUAUCGAAAAAGAAACGGAAUUGAUCAAUAUUACCAACGAAAAAGAGUGUCGUAGCUCAAUUGAAUUACCAAGAAAAGAAUUAAGCGUAACUAAAAAUUCAAACACAAGUAAAAACAACGAACUUUCGUGCAAUAAAAAGAAGACUAUGCCAAAGGACGUCAAACUGAGUAACUCCGUGCAGGAAGAGGAACGUCCUUUAAAAGUGGUCUUAAAGAUUAAAAAUAUUGCUGAAAAUGCGGCGCCACUAGAUCAAACAAAUGAAAAUAAUUUGGCAAAAGUUCCCACCACGAAUGUCAUUGACAACAGUCAGGUUACCCUCAUCACCACAACUAAAAAUUCCACUACGAAAAAGGCAAUUGGCAAGGCUGUCGUUAGUACUGAAGAGAUUGUGAAAGUAAUUAACAAUUCGUGCGUAAAUAACGACGUCUUUGGAGAAGAACGAGGGAAUGCGGCGAAAGUGUUUAACGACGGUGAGUUAAUUCCCCCUUUUUAUAAUGGACGUAUAUGUUAA